AUGCGAGACGAUCCUAUAUAUGUUGCUUGUGCCUCCAUGCUCGCCAAUGAGUCGUUGCACGAGGGUUCUGAGGACGACGCCUCGGAUUCGUCGUCAGUCGUCUAUGACAUCGACUUUGAAGAGCACAUAGACCAGCUUUUAUCGAAACAUUCAGAGGAACAUGUAAUAUUCCGGUCACUAACUCUCCAGAGAACUUGUCAAGAUGGGACCCCUUUCGUACUGCUCCCCCUUCCAACAACAUCGACUCAACUUCUCAUUUAUCUGGCUCUGAACCAACGAGAUGCUCGCCUUGACCCCUGGAACCCUAUACCACACAUAAUAUGUGCUGUGGAUCGCACUCAGACGCACGACAACAUUUUCCUCUGCCUCAAGCACCUUGUGCCAUUCAAUGCAUUGCUCUUCCGGACGGUGGCAAACUGGGUCGACAUGUUUAGACAGCUUCUAGAAGGGCUGACGUUUUUGCACGAGCAUGGUGUUGUACAUGGUGGUCUCUCAACUGCGGCACAGACCCAGCACCAAGGUGUACCUGGGAUUAUGGUGGACAUAUCAGCGGAUACAAAUGCUAUCGAGAGUCCCGAGAAGUUUGAUAGGACAAGAUAUCCUGUGAGGUACUACUUUGUAGAUUUGCCGCGAGCUCGACACACUCGCCUACAGUCUCCGUUGCCGUCGUCGUCGCAAGCUCACAAUCUCACCAGGCCCAAUUCUCCCUCGAUUUCUUCUCGAUCACCUUUUAUCGAUGAUAUCAACGCUUUCGGCCACCUGUUAUCCAGUCUCUUACCCAACUUGCCCUCAUCGCCAUUCCGACAUAAACUCGUCUCCCUGUCCCGUUCCAUGGUGAAGGGUACCUUGCGCACUGCUGAAGAGGCACGGAAGCUAUUCGAAGUUAUGGUUGGAACCGUUGACGGGCGGAUAUUAGAACAGGGUUGCGCCGGUAAGGUCGAAGUGUUUCCUGUGGAAGAUCCAUGCGAGGAUUCCAAGCUGGUGCAUUUGGAUAACGUGCAAGAUAUUCGGGGACAGAAACCCAGGUUGCAACCGAGAAGGCCAAGCUUACCAUUUGGACACGCUCAUACGGACGAUGGAACGAAUGGUUGUGGGCGCGCCGAGAAGAAAGGGAUUAGAUCUGCUCCCUCGACACGUCAAAACAGCGUACAGUGGACCCAGUCAUGUACAAGGGUCUCAGAGGAUCAUCCUGCACUAGGUUUGGUAGGCUUAGGCCUGGCGGUUGGAUUGAAUGACGCUUGGGGUGAUGAAGAAUCCAUACGUCCUGCUUUUAAGCCUGAAUUGACUCGGAAGAAAUUGAAACAUGCACAUCAUCCUUCUUUAGCUACUAAGGAAUUCACGCGUUGA